AUGGGUGGCUGCACAGUGUUGUUCUCUGGAGACUUCCGUCAGAUCUUGCCUGUGGUUACAAGAGGGACAAGAGCUGAUGAAGUCAACGCGUCUUUGAAAAGAUCCUACUUAUGGCCUUAUAUAAAAAUAUUAGAACUUAAAACUAGUAUGAGAGUGCUAUGUACAGAUCAAGAUAAUAUAAAUUUUGUCAAAGAUUUACUUUUAAUAGGCAAAGGAGAAUUUCAAGCAACGAAUGAUAAAAUAAAUAUUAAAAGUUUCUGUUAUUCAGUACCCACUAUAACAAAAUUGGUUCAAAACGUGUACCCGAACAUUCAAAAUAUAUCUUCUAAAUCAUUGAAAUGGUUUCAAGAAAGGGCUAUUUUGUCACCAACAAAUGAGCAAGUCGACAAAAUAAAUGAUUUGAUUCUAUCUAGGUUUGACGCUCAAUCACAAAUGUACUAUUCAGUUGAUACAGUUUUAGAAAAAGAGGAUGCAGUCCAUUUCCCAACUGAAUUUCUUAACUCUUUAAAACCUCCUGGAGUCCCACCACAUAAACUGAUUUUAAAAAUAGGGGCACCUAUUAUUUUAAUGAGAAAUUUGAGCCCACCCACACUUUGCAACGGUACAAGACUACAAAUCAAAAAAUUGAGAAGUUCAUUACUCGAGUGCAUAAUAUUAACAGGCUGUGGUAAUGGAAAAACUGUUUUAAUACCAAGAAUACCAAUUAUACCCUCAGAUUUACCUUUUAAGUUUAAACGUAUUCAAUUUCCCGUUAAAUUAGCAUUUGCAAUGACUAUAAAUAAAGCACAGGGACAAACACUUAACGUUGCUGGAAUUGACCUAAUUGUUCAAUGUUUUUCUCACGGUCAACUAUACGUCGCCCUGUCACGUGUGACAUCCAAAUUUAAUUUGUAUAUUUUUGCCCCUGAUCCAGAAAAAGUUGAUAACGUUGUUUAUAAAGAAAUUUUUUAA